GUGAAUAAGCAGCAGAAGAAGAAAACUUGAACCCGUCAGUGGAGGGAACUUUGGUAGUUUGGCUAAUGUGAACGUCGACAAAUUAAGGUUAAGGCGAUGCUAUCAAUUAGUUGACAUUUGAUGUUGUUUAAUCGUCUGUUAGUCACGUGAGAAGACGAAGGAAAUUAAUGAGUGGAGAGGAAUCCAGAAGAGGCUCAUGGAGGGGUGGGAGUGGAGGAUGGAGGGGGGGGAACAGAGGGAGUGGUAGUGGAUGGAGAGGGGGGUGGCGAGGAGGAAGCGGCGCUGGAGGGUGGCGAGGAGGAGGAGGAUGGAGAGGUAGACCAUGGAGAGGAGGCUCAUCAACAGCUGGAGCAGGCAGAGCUUCAGGAGGAGGGUGGGGAAGUGGAGGUAGUCAUGGGAGAGGAGAAUCAGGAAACCAAACCACCAACACUCAGAGACCCCUUUUCCAGGCCACUCUGGAUGUAAUGUGUCCAUACAAAGGAUGGGCUCUGUACUUCACAGAAGGCUUUAUUGUGAGCUCACCUACUGUGGAAAAGAUUAAAGUGUUUGAAAAAUAUUUUACUUCUAGAAUUCAACUUUAUGACAAGGAUGAGAUUGAGCGUCAGGGUAGUGUCCUGGUGGACUACGCAGACUUAACUGGAGACAGGACUGUGCUUGAAGGUCUCCCUGACCUAAGCACAGAACUGAAGGAACAGCCUGAGUUGAUACUGAACUGUUUAGGGGUGGCUAUUCACCAGGUAUUGACUGUAGAUUUGGAGAAACAGGCAGCUGAGCUUCAAGGGGAGGAGCUUCCUGCAACAACCCCCAUCAUCAACAUCCCUCACAUUAGUGCAAGGCUGUAUAACUAUGACCCUCUGACUCCAUUGCGAAUGUUGCGUGCCAGUGUGUUUGGGCGACUGGUUUGUGUGAGAGGAACAGUGGUCAGAGUUAGCAAUAUAAGACCUUUCUGUACCCGGUUGGCCUUCAGGUGUGUGUCCUGCACACACACGCUAUCUCUGCCCCUGCAACAUGGAAAAUAUGCAACACCUACCAAGUGCAUCCAGCCUGAAUGCCGCGGUCGCACGUUUGCUCCCAGCAGGAGUUCUCCUCUUACACAAACUGUAGACUGGCAGAUUAUAAAGGUGCAGGAGUUGGUGAGUGGAGAACAGAGGGAGACUGGACGAAUCCCACGCACCGUAGAGUGUCACCUGACCUCUGACCUGUGUGACAGCUGUGUCCCUGGAGACACUGUUACUGUGACAGGCAUAGUCAGGGUCACUAAUGAUGGAACUUCUCGGGGGAAUAAGGAUCAGUGUAUGUUCCUCCUGUACCUUGAAGCCACUUCAGUCAGUAACAGUAAAGGUCAACAGUCCAAGUCAGGAGGUCAGGGGCCAAAAGGGUCACUAGAAGAUCGUUCUGCAGGGGAGGAGUUCAGUCUAAAGGAGCUGUAUGCUGUCCAGGAGAUCCAGUCACAGCCUGACCUGCUUAGGCUUAUAGUACACUCUUUGUGUCCUGUCAUCUACGGCCAUUUGCUGGUGAAAGCUGCUCUAGUUUUGGCAUUAUUUGGAGGCAGACAGAAACACACGGGUAAGAACAGCGUCCCAGUGAGAGGAGACCCACACAUCCUGUUGGUGGGAGACCCUGGACUGGGCAAGAGUCAAAUGUUACAGGCAGUGUGUAACGUGGCUCCCAGAGGAAUUUAUGUAUGUGGCAACAGCACAAGCACCACAGGACUAACAGUGAGCUUAUCUAGAGAUGCAGGAACUGGUGAUUAUGCCCUGGAGGCUGGAGCCCUGGUACUGGCUGACCAAGGUCUGUGCUGCAUUGAUGAGUUUGAUAAGUUGGGCAGCCAGCAGCAGGCUCUGUUGGAAGCCAUGGAGCAGCAGUCUGUGAGUCUGGCCAAGGCUGGAAUAGUUUCCUCUCUGCCAGCUAGAACAUCAGUCAUCGCUGCUGCAAACCCCAUUGGAGGACAUUACAACAGAGGGAAGACUGUCUCUGAAAAUCUUAAAAUGGGCUCAGCUCUUCUUUCUCGCUUCGACGUUGUCUUCCUCCUCCUGGACAUCCCAGACGAGUCGCAUGACCGCCGCCUGUCUGAACACGUCAUGGCAAAUAGGGCAGGAAGCAGCAGGACCAGUAGUGCCGUAGUUACCAGAACCAGUGCUGACUGCGAGACCUCCAUUCUGCUAGAACACUCGGACAUGCCACUGUCUGAGCGCCUGCAGAUCCCUGCAGGCGAACUCGUGGACCCUAUUCCAGCAUGUUUAUUAAGGAAGUACAUCAGCUACGCUCGUCAGUAUGUCCAUCCCACACUCUCUGCUGAAGCAGCACAAACUCUUCAGGACUUCUACCUGUCACUCAGGUCCCAGGCUCACUCUGCUGAUGCUACGCCCAUUACUACACGACAGCUUGAGUCUUUAAUUAGGCUAACUGAGGCAAGAGCCAGGUUGGAGCUCAGAGAAACAGCCACCAAGAGUGAUGCUGAGGAUGUAGUAGAGAUCAUGAAACACAGUCUGGCUGAUACAUAUUCAGAUGGUCUAGGCAAUCUGGACUUCAAGCGCUCUCAGCUUGGAUCAGGCAUGAGUCAGCGCAGUGCUGCAAAACGACUGGUCAAUGCACUGCACUUGCAUGCGCAGAGGACCGGUCAGAAGCAAUUUGACCUACAGAUGCUUCGAUCAAUGGCUGACAGACUAAACAUCACGGUGAUGGACUUCGAAGGUUUGGUGAGUUCACUGAAUGAACAGGGGUUUCUGUUGAAGAAAGGAGCCAAACUGUACCAGCUGCAGACAGUCUGAGGUCUCUGACAAAUACUGUGCAACACCCUGAAAACACGCAUCUGCUCUUUGCACUCUUCACCCACGAGGUUAGUCUGAGAAUGAGGUGUCUCUAUAGAAAGGUAAUAUAGAAUCAUUUUCUUAGUUGAGUGUUCACCUGACUGCAGCACAGACAUGUCUGUGAAGCUCUGGAGCAGCAUCAUCAGCAUCAUAUCUGGUGUAAAACAGCUGCUCCGAGGUCAGAAACAUCUUUAGUACAGUUUGGACCAAAACAAAAAGCCUGAACAGCUUUUUUUCCCUGUUAUGUAAAUAUUUAGUUAAUUGUCAUUAUAUAAAUAAAUACUGUAAUUAAUAAAUGACUAGUGAGUGUUGCCACUGCUGGUUUGCUUAUCCUAAAGUUGCUGUUCGGUGGCAACCGGCUUUGCUUUUAUUCGCACCUACUGUGUUUUCUUGUUGGGUAGGCACAUAAUUUGGCAACAUCAAAAACUGGUAGGUAAAUAUUGUUUGAAUAAAGGCAUUUUGGCAUGGUUUGAUUUGUUUUGGUAAAUGUCUGCAAAAAAAUAUUACCAAACAAAUGGUGUAGUUGUUUUUACUGUCAAUAUAUAAAUCAGUUAUUUAAACAUGUUGGAAUGUAAUCUUGCGUUUUUCAAAAUAAAAGCUGAAAUAAAAUCUGUCGAAUU